GACCGAUUCCACGGUUGUGUUAAACGGAGAUUAAAAUGACAUUGUUAAUGUAAAAAUGUCAUUACAUAUAUAACUAUACAUCAUUGGUUAAGCAAAUUCGAUGUUUAUGCAACAAGUUAUAUGUUUCUUACGUAAUUUCAGCGUAAUUGUGACGUCAAAUAGUUAGGUGAGUUCAAUGUCAACACUGUCACGUUGACGUUUCGACAAAAGACGACCAUCAUGUUUAUGUUUGAUUAGAAAUAGAAAUAUUUAACACUAAAUUGAGAUAUUAAUCCCUACAGAGAAAUUAAACUUACUGGAAAAUUAAAGUCGUUUGGUGUAAUAUACAUCAAAAGAGAAUUUUUUGCAUUUACACAUGGUAGGUGAUUUUGUGUAGUUCCAGUAAUUAUUGUAAAAAAUAAUAAUGAAGCAGGUAACUGAAAAAUCGUUUGUGUGUAUCGGUCCUCAAAUAAAACGUGAUAGGAUAAAGAGGUUUUCGAGAAAAUCAGUGUUAAAAAUGCUAGCAGUGAUGGAGGCAUCUCAAAGUGCCGCAGGCAACAGUAACUCUGCAUCUCAAGUACCGGCUGUAACCCCAGAAGAAGCUGCUGCUAACGAAAAGGAAUUUUUGUCAUCUGGACGCACAGGAAGAAGGAACGCCCUACCAGAUAUAUUAGGCCAACACGCAGUAGUGUCCAGUGAGGAUCUAUCCGGUCGACUUCAAGGCCUAACCACGAACGACACUUCAAUUGACAAGCGAAAUCAACCGGGUUGUAGUAAAAGCUGAGACGAUUAAAUCAGCAAACAUUUCGGGGGCAAGUAUUGUGGUUAUAACAAACAAAAAUAUCAAAAAGUUUUCACUUGCAUUUUCGUAAAUGUGUUUACAAGAGCCUAAUGCGAAGGUAAAAAAAAUAUACGUGCAUUUUGUAAAUUGUUUCCGUACUUUAUAUAGGAAAGCUUGUAAAAAAUACUCAGGAGUAAUAGUUUUUUGUGGGCUAAGAAUAUUUUUUGUACUCGAUUUUUUAUAAAAAUGGUUUUUUUGGGAAACAUUUUACAAAAAUAAAAUAAUGUAGACUUCUUGACAAAAAAAAAAACACUUUAGAACUAUUUAGCAAAGAUUUUCAGUAUGACUAACGUGCAAUGCAAUGAGUACAUAAUUUUAUUUAUUUUUUACGGUAAAUAUUGCUGCAAACCUUUUCUCACGCACACUGUUGUGUAAUGUCACUUGUCAAUUUGAAAGCGUUUGUAAUUUAUCAGUUUGAAUGCCAUAUCAUCUGUCAUUUGCGAACUAGGCAGCAUUGAAAGCCUUUCACGUAUCAUUUGUCAGUAUGAAAGCGAUUUCAUCUGUCAAUUAUCAACUGGAAAGAAAUUAUCUGCCACCUGUCAAUUUUAAAGCGAUUUAAUCAUUAUUAUUUGUCAA